ACACACACUCUCUCUCUCUCUCUGGGUAGGGGAGGUGUCUGCAGGGACAGAUUGAGCCUCAGAGCCGAGCACACGGGGAACAGGAUGGAGGUUCUGAAGGUUCUGCUGGUUCUGGUUCCUCUGCUGCAGCUCUCAGAGUGUGUGCGGUGUUUCGCUCGGUUCGACCUGGCUCUGGGUCGCUGUGAUGAAGAGCUCGGUGAGGUUGACGAAGACGACUGCUGUCUGAACCCUCACAACGGUUUCCAAGCAACGGGAGGAGUGUGUCAGUCCUGUGGCCCCCCUGUGUUGAGCCCCUGGUCUCCUUGGUCUGAGUGCUCGGCGCUCUGCGGUGACGGCGUGACGCAGAGGAGAAGGAAGUGCUUCGGGAUCGGAGAGUGUGAGGACGCUAAGGACAACCUGCAGACAAUGCCCUGCAACAACACCUGCUGCAACGAGGAGGGCUGGGCUCCCUGGCUCCCCUGGUCCUCCUGCUCUGUUACCUGUGCAGGUGGAGGUGUGAAGAAGAGAGAGAGAGAGUGCUCUGCUCCUCCUCAGUGUCUCUUGUCCUGCAGCGGAGCGUCACAGGAGACGGAGGCGUGUCCAGCACUCAGCACCUGUCCAGUUCACGGUGGGUGGGCCCUCUGGUCCGACUGGUCUCUCUGUUCUGGUUCCUGCAUUGACGUUGCCGUGCCGACCAGACGGCGUCAUCGAUCCUGCUCUAGUCCCGCCCCCUCCAACGACACCGCCCCCCAGGGCACCGCCUGCCCCGGAGACCCCCUGCAGAGCGAGAGCUGCAGCCAACUGCCCAACUGCCCAGUGGACGGCGGCUGGGGGGCGUGGUCUCAGCCCGGGCCGUGCUCCGUCUCCUGUGGGGAGGGGCUCCAGCUGUCAAUCAGGAUGUGUAAUAGCCCCGCCCCCAAAUAUGGAGGACGAUUCUGCGACGGACCGACCACCAAGAGCAUCGUCUGUCAGAGUCCCUGUCCGG